GUACCUAGUCAAUAUGGGGGUGGAAGAAUGCGCGUAAGUUUCAAAAAGGCUGUAUAUAUGUAUAUAUGGUACGUCAGCAAUACAGUUACGUUUAGGCAGUUGGCGAAUUUAUUUGCAGUAGCCCCAUCAGCGGCGUGGUCAACCGUACGUCGAUUAACUUCAUUUUUGAUUUCAAUCAGCCACGAGUACAUUAAAUGGCCACAAGGUGCAUGCAUGCAAGAAGUAGUAAGGGGCUUCGAGGAAAAAAAGCAUAUUCCUGGUGUUAUUGGGGCAAUCGACUGCACGCACAUAGCUAUAAAAGGUCCAAGAGAGCAAAGAUCAAACUAUUUUAACCGCAAGAAAACAUACAGCAUUAUCUUGCAAGCCGUGGUAGAUUGCAAUAAAAGAUUUAUAAACAUAACUUGUGGCGAACCGGGAUCACUUCAUGAUUACCGGGUACUAAGAAGGUCUCAAAUCUAUGAAGUUGCAGAAACUCGAUGCGGAGAAAUUUUUCCAAAUUCAAAUUUUAUAAUCGGAGAUUCAGCAUAUCCUUCCAACAAUUGGCUUGUAUCGCCCUUCAAAGAUUAUGGUAAUUUAACGGAAAGCCAGCGCAAAUUUAAUGAAAUAUUGUCAUCCACGCGAAUGGUUGUCGAAAACGCAUUUGGGUUACUUAAGGGUCGUUUUCGAAGGCUACUUAAGUUUACUGAACAAACAGAUUUAAAAUCAGUCACAAAUAUAGUCGCCAGUACAUGCGUUUUACACAAUAUUUGCAUCACUAUGGAUGAUUUGUGUGAAGACAAUGAAGCGGAUUUCGAACGAUUUGAAGAGAAUAUGGAGGAUUCGUAUUUGGACGGGUCACAUGACCGGAGAGAAAUUCUUUUUAACUACUUAAGAGAACAGAAUAUUAUUUACUUUUUAUUUCACCAUUCAAACAAUGCAGCAAUUGCCAUCGUCAAAAUCAAAUCGUUUCAUUGCACUUAUAUGCAUUAAUGAUUUAAUACAACUGCCAAUGCUGAGCAACGGAACUUCGCAAGGCAUUUAAAUGAUACCCACCAAGUAGUAUUUUGGCGAGAAGACAACAACAAACGACACCCUGUUAGCAAGAUAAAUUUCAUUUAAAAUAGAUUUCAUCCACAGAUGGGUGAAGAUCGUGUCCUAUCCGGGUCUUCUACUAUAACUGAUAAUAAAUUCACUCCUCCGAACUUCGAACUUGGGAAAUAACGAACACUCUAACAUGUUUGUUAAGUGUUAACGAUAAAUUUUAACAAACAAAUCAUUUGUGUUGAUGUACAUCUAAUGGACAAUGUUAAGUGCU